CCGGAAACUGAUCAUAGAAAGAGAGAGAGAGAAAGAGGUGAAUGUCUUCAGUUCCUGUCCUCAAUGUAAGAGUGUCUCAAAUUUAGGACCCUGAGCUACAGUACAAUCACACCACAUGGAUGAGAGCGAUAAUGGCUGAGCGAGAGCACUGGAUAUCUUCAUGACUGGAGUGACAGAGUAGCUGGAGGAUGGUGAUUCUCAGAGCACAACAGCAAUAUCUCAAGGAUUUGUAACAUUUUCUUUGUCUAGUUUUAAAGUUUGCAACUUUGUAAUGGAGACAUGGCAAAAGGACAUGUAAACUUCAAAGGACAUCUGGAGCCAAAGUUUCUGAAAGGUUUACACCUGUCUUUUGGAUAAGUGAGAUUUUUUUGUUGCUUGUGAAGAAUGUAUUAGAGGAUCACUUCUUCUGACCCAUGGAGCUUAAUGUGAUCAGCAUGAGAUGUUUAACUGGAUUAUGGCUGUGGAAGUGAGUUAUUUCAACACUAUCUCAGAGGACUGUUGAUGCAGACACACAUAGGAUCAUUAAUAUAAGUUGACUAGUGCUCCACGUGUGGUUCAUCUAUGAUGGCAAUGGCUAGACGUCCAGGACCUGCGGGCCGAAGUCAAAUUCCUGACCCUUCUGAAACCCCAUCUCAGCCCCCAACCAGCUCUGACCGCAAACUUCUGGAGAAAGUGCUCAAGAGACUGGACAAACUGCAUAAACUGAGCAUUGAUCCCAGGCUGGCCCUCAAAAACAGUCCUCCGUACCUCCCUGAGCUGCUGUCGGAGACGGCCAUCCACCUGACAGAGGUCUGGGCUCCUUACAGGGGGUCUGCCAUGGCUGUGCCACGAUGGGAUGAAGGAGAUUACAUGAGGAUCCAUAUUAGACACUUACUGGACAAGACAGACAGAGCUGUCCUGCUGUUCAAGGAAGGCAAGGAGAAGAUGUUUGAAGAGACAUCAAACUACAGGAGAAAUCUCACUAAGUUGUCGCUCCUCUUCAGCCACAUGUUGAAUGAACUGCGAACAAUGUUUCCUGGGGGACGAUUUCAGGGUGAUACUUACAGAGUUACAAAGACAGAGGCCAAAGAGUUCUGGAGGAAAGCUUUUGGACACAGGUGUAUAGUGCAGUGGAAUGUUUUCAAGCAGCAACUGAAGAGGGUUCAUUACUUUGAAGAGGGAAUGGAGGCCAUGGCUUUGAAGUCCACAGUUGAUCUAACGUGUAACGAUCACAUAUCCAUCUUUGAGUUUGAUAUUUUCACCAGACUUUUUCAGCCUUGGUCAACAUUAAUAAGAAACUGGAACCAUUUGGCAGUAACUCAUCCUGGAUACAUGGCGUUUCUCACCUAUGACCAGGUCAAGGUUCGACUGGAGCACUACAGACAUCGUCCUGGCAGCUACAUCUUUCGUCUCAGUUGCACACAGAUGGGUCAGUGGGCCAUUGGCCAUGUGACCAAUGAUGGAAGUAUUGUGCAGACCAUACCCCAAAAUACACCUCUCUACCAGGCACUCAUACAAGGUUUCAGGGAAGGCUGCUACUUAUAUCCUGAUGGUCGUGAUGUGAACCCUGACCUCAGCAGCCUGUGCAGUCCAGUUCACAAGGGUAGAGUCAAAGUCACAGAGGAGCAGUAUGAAUUAUACUGUGAGAUUGGCAGCACGUUUCAGCUCUGCAAAAUCUGCACCGAACGAGACAAAGACACUCGAAUUCAGCCCUGUGGGCAUCUACUGUGUCAGCCCUGCUUGACUGGCUGGCAGAAGUCAGAUGGACACACGUGUCCUUACUGCCGCUGUGACAUUAGAGGCACAGAAUCCAUCCUCAUUGAGCCCUAUUUGCCCAUCCGAGACAAGAGGGCAGGAGAGGAGGAGGAAGAUGAUGAAGAUGAUGAUGAUGAUGAUGAUGAUGAGGAAGAGGACCAUGAGGAUAUAGAGCUAGUGAUGAAAAAGCUGGCUUGUAUGAAAAAGAUAUCACAGGAGGAGUAUCAAAUUCCCCGUUCCAGUCUGUCACCUCCUCCCCUUCCUCCCAAAAGAAAUUCAUCCUCUCCGUGCCCUUCUCCUAAACCACACACACACCGAUCCUUUAGCUUAGGCACACAGAAAGUCAAAAACAAUUCCUGGUCAGAAAACAUGCGAAGGAAACCUUCCUCAAAAAGAAGUGAGGAACUUUGUGAAGACUUUCAACCCUCUUCCUUGCCAUGCAUUAGAAACAGUGGGGUGCCCUGGGAAGGACCUUCAGAAUCUGUAAAAAGGAAGAAGAGAGAUAAAAGAAGGGACAGGGAAGAGGAAGUGAGUGUGAGAAAUGUGGAGGAUACAACAUCUCUCUCAGGAAGACACUGUCAUGAGGAGAUGGAAGAAAACACUUCAUCCUGACAGCAAAGUUUAGACUUUGGAAUGUAAAAUGACGAAAUUUCGUCAACCAAAAUGAAUCAAAUGUUCAUUAUUCAGCAGAUUCAGAAUAGACAUGUAAAUAGGAAUGUUAGUUACGUUGAUUUUGCAUUGACAAAACGAAAACACAUUUUACACUUUUUAACACGUUUUAAAUUCUACCUCAUGUCUACUAAAUAUUUAGAGAAAAGCAUUGUUUUGAAAUAGGCCACACAGAAUAAAUAAGUCAAAAAUAAA